AUUUGAGUUUUUGCGUGCUCGUUCCCUGUGGGCUUGACUCUGCUCGCCAUGAGGACGAUUUUAGCGUUCAUAACCGUCCUGGGCACGACUGUGUCGGCUCUAACAGCGGCCCAUAGACAUUCCCAUAAUAGAUUUUUCAGACGUGACAAUACCACACAGUCCAUUCAAGGAGGCAAUACCACGGACCCUACUGCGUACGACUAUGUGGUGGUCGGGAGCGGCCCAGGAGGUGGUCCACUGGCAUCAAGGCUGGCGAUAGCAGGAUAUAAAGUCCUCUUGAUUGAAGCUGGCGACGAUCAAGGAGACGCAAUCUGGCAACAGGUUCCGGCAUUGCAGCUCCAGGCCACUGAAUACACCCCAAUGCGGUGGGAUUACUUUGUCAACCACUAUCAGGAUCUUGCACGCCAAGAAGAGGACUCCAAGAUGGUCUGGAAAACGCCGUCCGGAGAUGAGUACGUCGGGAACAGCCCACCCGCUGGCUCAACUCCCCUGGGGAUCUGGUAUCCUCGCACGGGGACCCUGGGAGGCUGCUCGGCACAUAACGCGAUGAUCACCAUUUACCCCCAUGAGAGCGACUGGAACAAUAUCGCAUCAAUCACUGGCGAUAGCUCUUGGAGCGCCGGCAACAUGCGGAAAUACUUUGAGCGCAUGGAACGCUGCAGGUAUCUCCCCAACAGUGUCGUCGGUCAUGGGUUUGACGGCUGGUAUGAGACUAGCCUCACGGAGUUGUCAUUGGCGGUUGAGGACCAGAAACUGUUGUCGCUCAUCAUUGCAGCUGGAACAGCAAUGGGCAAGGGACUUCUCGGGAUGGUUCUCAGCACAGUGGCAGGACUGGGGGAAGUCUUGCUCCGCGACAUCAAUGCCGACGUUCCCAAUCGGGACUCUCAGGAGGGCCUUUACCAAGUCCCAAUUGCAGUUACCGAGGUCGACAAGAAACGCAAUGGCGCUCGCGAUUUCAUCCUCGACACUGCAAACGCUGUCAAUGCGGACGGAUCGCGCAAGUACCAUCUUGACGUCAAGCUCAACACACUAGUGUCGAAAGUCCGCUUUGACACGUCUGGACCCAAGCCGAAGGCCAUUGGUGUCGACUACCUGGAAGGACAGAGUCUGUACCGCGCCGACCCUCGUGCAGGUACCGCGGCUGGCGGUACCCCAGGUAGCGUCAACGCGAAUCGCGAGGUGAUCAUUUCUGGCGGUGCGUUUAACUCGCCACAAUUGCUCAAAUUGUCGGGCAUUGGGCCUGCGUCUGAGCUUUCCAAAUUCGGCAUACCCGUUAUCGUCGACUUACCAGGUGUCGGGACUAACUUGCAAGACCGGUAUGAAGCGACGAUUGUGGGAAACAGCAACACCGACUUCGCCAUCACCAAGGACUGUACCUUCCUUCGUACCGAGCCUGACCCAUGCUUGGAGCAAUGGCAAAACCUACCAGGUCCGUCUCUCAAAGGCACAUAUGCAACGAACGGUAUUGCCAUUGCCGUGGUCAAGAAGUCGUCCGUUGCAGACGGGGACCCCGACCUCUUGAUCUCCGGUGCCCCCGCCUACUUCACGGGCUAUCACCCCGGGUAUGCCAAUGAAUCUCUGAAAGAUGCUCACCAUUGGGCCUGGAUCGUGCUGAAGGCACACUCGCGCAACAACGCCGGUACUAUCGGCCUGCGCUCUACCGAUCCCCGUGACACACCCGUCAUCAAUUUCAAUUAUUUCGACACUGGGAACACUGCCAAUGAUGCUGAUGAAAAGGAUCUCCAAGCCACCUACGAGGGGAUGGAGCUGUCGCGCAAGAUGUUCAAAGACUAUAUCCCGCUGCAGGGCACCUUCCAGGAGGUGUGGCCAGGAAAUCAGGUCACCACCGAAGCCCAGAUGAAAGACUGGAUCAAGAAAGAAGCAUGGGGACAUCAUGCUAGCUGCACGUGCCCUAUCGGCGGCGACGAUGACGAGAUGGCGGUUUUGGAUUCGAAAUUUCGUGUUCGGGGCGUCGACGGGCUGAGAGUGGUUGAUGCAAGUGUCUUCCCCAAGAUCCCGGGCUUCUACAUCGUGCUGCCCACGUAUAUGAUCAGUGAGAAGGCAGCCGAUGCUGUUCUGGAGGAUGCUGCUAAUGCAUGAGAUCGAGGGGCUAUCAUUGGAGUUUGCGCUGCAUCGUUGCCCAAAAAAAAUUAUCUUCAUGACCUAGUCUGACGCAGAGAAGGCUUUCUGGAUUCUCGGACUUCGAAGCGCUUCAUGCGCUUAAGUUGUAAUAUAGAGUGACGGCCGGAGAGAUGAUAGCAAAGAGAUUGGACACGUCAACGUUAAUAGAGACCUAGCAGGUGGGUUUCAACCAAAAACUAGAAUGGAUAUGGUCCAUCAUGUUGAUGCGGGGUGUCUGAGAAUGA